AUCUGAUGCAGGACCGUCAUGUCUAAUGGUCUGUGCUCACUGCAGAACUGAAAACCUACCACUAGGUAAAGGACCUUGCCAUGUGUUUGUUUUGAGAAAGGACAUGUUGACUGGAUGUAUAUAUAUAUUCCUCAGUCUUGCCCACAGCACCCAGCCCUGCACAAAAGGAGAUCAACUGAGGGACCAUGAAGUUUCUACUGGGAGGGUUGUGUCUGUCUUGGGUUCUGGCCCUCGGCUUCUCUUUCCCCUGGAUGAAUGGUCAACCAAACAUCACGCAAGACGUGUUAAGCCAGCACCAUCCACAUCCCAGAAUUGCAGGUUUUCCUGAUCGUUGUGAUGGUCUUGGAUUUGAUGCAAUCGCCCUGGAUGAGCAGGGAUCCACCUACUUUUUCCGAGAUGAGUUUUUCUGGAAAGGUUACAAUACUCCCGCUCAGCGCAUCAAUGAAACCUGGCCCCUACUGCCCAGUCACAUUGAUGCAGCGGUCCGGAUGCAUCACAAACUCUCCCCGAAGCAUAACGACAGAAUAUUUUUCUUCAAGGGGAAUCAUGUCUGUCAAUAUUAUGGCACUACAUUAGAAGGCCGGUUCCUGAUCCAUGACAAAUUCCCGGGAAUUCCAGAUAAUUUGGAUGCUGCAGUGGAGUGUCCAGUCGGAGAUUGCAAGAAUGAUUCUUUGCUCUUUUUCAAAGGAGAAACAGUGUACCUGCUAGAUCUCCAGACCAAGCUAGUGAAGGAAAAGACGUGGCCUGAAGUUCAUCACUGCACAUCAGCCCUGAAGUGGAUUGGUAAUUUUUACUGCUUUCAAGGGACAAACUUCACUCGUUUCAAUCCCAAUACCGGCCUCGUUCCCCCAGGCUAUCCGAAGGAUGCACGGGAUUACUUUAUGCGUUGUGAAGGGCGAGGACAUGGGAGAAAGAACAAAACAUCAGCUGAUUCCAACUAUAACCGUUGUAAUAACCGAUCAUUUGAUGAGUUCAACGAGGAUGAGCUGGGAAGGGUCUAUGCAUUCCGAGAGAACUUGUAUUUUCGCCUGGACACGAAACGAGAUGGUUGGCACCCUUGGCCAUUAAGGUUCAACUGGCCAGAAAUGCAUGGAAAAAUUGACGGUGUCUUCAGCUGGAACAGAAAGAUGUACUUUAUCCAGGGAUCACAACUAUUCAUAUACAAAGCUGAGGCACAAUAUUCAUUGAUUGAAGGAUAUCCCAAACCUGUGACUGAAGAGUUGGGAAUCCCCAGUACAGGUGUCGAUGCAACAUUUAUCUGCCAAGGAUCUUCUCUUCUCUACGUGAUCUUGGGUAAGACAAAUGUAUAUGUUGCAAUGAUCUCUGUGAAAUAUUUCCAUUUGUUCUGUUAUUUUUCUCUGAGUUCAUGUGGAGAUUCCACUGGGAAGUCAAAAGGAGGAGUUUUUCAGGAGUUUAACUAA